AGGGAGCCAAAGUUUUGCUUGACACAGCAGGGAUUGGACUCUACUCAGAGUACUUAUCACUUGCUCGACUCCUUCCGCGGAGUAACCACCAAUCCUGAGGUUCGUAUUGAAUGAUAGUACGACGUGUACUCGCGAACGGACUUCUAGAGCGAGGCGUAUCAUAAUGGCCGCGAGUUGAUUCGUAAGAGGAAGGCAUGCGUGUUUCGUUGCAUUACGUGAAACGAGGCGAAGACGAGAGCAAGCACUAGGAGAGUCGGUGGGCCAGAGGGACGCGAAUAACGUCGCUGUUGUCGCCGUUGCCGCCGUCGUCGUCGUCGAGGCUUCAGCUGCUUGCUCGCUCGCUCGCUCGCUCUCGAGAGUUUAAAGCUCGGUACGUAUAUACAUACAUAAUCUUGCGUGCGUGCAUAUCGCGAGCGCGAGUGGGUGGGCGAGGCGUGUGUUCUCACUCUCUGGUUUCCUGCACACGGCGAAUAAUCGUUCGCUCGUGUGGGCUAGGUAGUGCGUGCGUGUGUGCAUUCAAGCAGUGAGUGAGCGGUGUGGUGCGUCGAUCGCACGAUCGGCAGCGAUGAGCGACGACAGGAGCGAGGACGAUCCGAUAAUGGAUCUCUUCUACAGUUCUUGGGAACAGGAUUGCUGCGAGUCGAUCGAGUCCGAGCCCGAUUGUGAAAGUCAGCUGCACAAUGAGAAGGAGCUCUACUCGCAGCAGAUGUGGACGAGCUUCCAAACCACCGCGUCGGCCAUCGCCCAGUUGUACAAAGACCGCACGCUAGGUGUAUCAUUAUGGGUGCCCUUUCAGACAGCCGCUGGUACCGUCACAUCAUUGUACAAAGAUUCAGUAGACUGUAUGAGGCGUUGCAGUGAUCUGGGAGCAGAAAUGGGCAGACAAAAACGUAGUAAAGAGAUAAUGAAUUGGGCUAGAAAAAAAAGACGUAUGAUUCGUAGAGAAGAUCUUCUUGCAUAUCUUGCUGGAAAGCCACCACCCUCUCGAUCACAUCCGCACAGAAGUUCACCUAAACCUCGUAUGAUGGUGUGUGGUUCUCCAUCGUCACAAAGUCAAACAGCGAAUAUGGUUAUUGCUCCAGCACCAACAGCAGGCAGUGAUCCAGAUCCUGAAUUGCACACAUUUAGAGAAGCCAUCGCAGUGUCUGGUUCUCCAGUGUCUCGGCGUAGCGGAAAACAAGCCGAACUGUCGGCCUUCAUUAGCAACGAAUUGGCUCGGCAUCAUAAACGGCCUGCUUCGCAUGACGUGGAUAUGGGAUCACCCACGCACAAACGUAUGCGUACUACACUGUAACGGCGCGCGACGCGUAAGGUAGCUUUACUCCCUUGUUCCCUAUUAAUUAAUCAAUUCGAUUAAUGACUAAUAGCUCAGCUCUCCUACAUAACUCCCGGUUACGUGUAAUUGUUUAAGGAAAACGGUAGUGGUUUACACUGCCAGUGAUAAGCACGUUCGUUUGAAUCUCUCCGCUUUAAAUCAGCUUUUACCGCCGAUUUCAGAUUUAUAUGAUAUUUAAAAUUAUCUAUUCUCAUAUUAGCUACACUAGUCAAGUUCGACUAACAUGUAAAUUUUAAAUUAAUAGUAAUUAAUUUAAAGUAAUUUUCGUUAAAAGCUACAGAAUGUAUUUAUGUCUGAUGUUUAUUUUGUAUAUAUUAAUCAAAUGAUGUUCACACGCAUACAUGCUAAAAGUUUUUUUUAUUGUAUAAGGUUUCAUAAAAAUUUAAAAUUUUUAUGUAGUUUUUUUUGCUAUUAAUUAUGCCAAAUCACAGAAAUGAGAACACACGAACGUGUCUUAAAACUGUUUAAAGUGCCCACAUACGAUGAUUGGUCUUAUUUUUCGUACAAGAAUUUGUAUACGAGACUGUCAUUUUGUUUAUCUAUAAUCCCACUCAUGAAGAAUCAGCAAGAUAUGUGACGUUUAUUCAAAAUGUUAAGUUUUUAUAUACAUAAUAUACGUAUAUGUGUGGAUAUGUAUACCGAAAUUUGUAACUAUUACUAUGGAAAAAACUAUCAAAAAGUAAAGAUAUAUUUAAGGAUUCAAACCUUUUAAAAAUGUCUCUUUACUUUUUGAUAUUUUUGAAAAUAAUAAUUAUUUUGAUAUUUGUCGGUUUGUUAUAUUACCGAAAUUUUCUGUACAUGAAACAAAAAAAUAUUUUUUUUGCUAUUUUUCGAAACUGUUAAUGAUAAUUUAUGUCAGAGAGAAAUAGGAAAAAGAUACAAUUGUAAAAUAUUUGUUCUUAUUAAAUAAUUCUUUAGAUUGCUCAUUAUAUAAUAUUGUUUUUAUUAUAUCGUGAUUUUAGGUAAUUUUAAUACUUUAGAUUUAUCUUUUUCCACCAAUAAAAUGAUUAUUUUGUUGAUGAUAAGCAGAUACAACAAAGAAUAGAGGAAAUAAAAAAAAUAAACGAAAGGUCGUAAUAAAAAUGCGAUAAUAAGAAAUUCUUAAUUUUACACUUUAAGUCUUAUUAAUUGUCAAAAUUGAUUCUUCAAAUUCGUUUUUGUUGAAAUAUUCCCGAAUGUAGCAAAUUUGAGUCUAUUAUAUGUUUUAUAAAAUAUAUUUAAUAUUCACGUUAUACAUUUCUCUUUUUUACUUGGCAUUUUUAAGUGAAUUAUUUCAUCGUGUACAUUAGCAUGAAAUUAAUUAAAAUGUUGUCUAAUUAUUACAUUUUAAUUUUAUAUCAUGCGUGUCAAAUUUUUAUGUUAUAACGAAAUGAUUAUAGCAUCGAAAUUAUAAAGUUAUAAUAUUGUGGUCUAAAAAGGAAUAGAAAACUUAGAACAUUUUAUUUCUUAAGUGUAUGAAGAACACUAGCUGUCAAUACUAUCAGAGUGUAACCGAAAAACUUUCUGAAAGAGAUCUCACUGUGACUCUUAACUGUAGUAAACUAAAACCUUCAGUGGAGAAUUUGUAUUGUGAGAGAAGUAAGCCGAAGAGCAAAAUGAGACAGUCUGCUUGGUCUAUUGUGUCAUUAUAAUUUAAUAUCAAAUAUGACGAAGGAAAAUCAACGGAAUAGUAUAAAUUUGAUUUAUUUUUUUGUUGAUGCAUAGGCUAAUAAAGGGAGAUGAACCGUCAAAAAGAUACCAAGCUUUACAUCCCGAACAAGGUCUACGUCAAUGUUCUGCAAUGAGAAAUGGAUUAAAUACCUCACAACUCUCUGCGACGUAACGUGUUCGUUUUAUCGAACUUAACGUAAACGUAGGCUUUGUCAGGUAGAUGUGAUAAUGGUUGCAAUAUGUGCAUAUAUGUGUACAUAUAUAUACGUAUAUUUGUUUUAUGUACUUAUAUAUAUAUACAUAUGUAUGACAAUGUAUUUUAUAAAAAAAGGCGCUUAACGAUUACGUUUUAACGAUCGUGCCAGAGAGUGAGAGUCCCCUAUGCCCAAUAUAUGAAGGUGAUGAAUGUAAAUGUACAUUAUUUCUAGCUAAUACGCCUCCUAUUGCUUCUACCCGAAUUUUCGAAGACAUUGCAGUCGAAUUGUAUGUCAAAAAUUGUUAACAUAUGUUAACAUACAAAGUAAUAAUGAUAUAAAGUUUAUAAUGAUAUAAAGUAAAAGAAUUUCAAUUUAUUUGGAAAUGAACAAAUCCUAUUUUGACUUACCCUCGUUAUAUAAUGGGAUUUAUUUAAAUGCUCGAUCCACUUUUGCCAUCUAUUCGUCUGCAAUAUUCAUUUAACUGUUCUUCGAAGAUCACGUAGAAGUCAACGUACAUUUCUAUUCGUUUCUUCGCAAGAUUGUUCGAGCGUCAUUUAUGAGAGGAGUAAAAAUUGUUGUUCAGUUGUAAAUAUAGCAUAUGCUAAUAUAAACGAUAAACAUAGAUAUAUCAUUAAUAUUAUUAUCAAUGCUAGUAUUGACUACUAUACGAUAGCUUUAACAAUGAUAUUUAUCGUGCGAUCGGCAGUUAACAAAAUUCCGAAUUCUAUCCUCUUCGACUACAUUUCCCUGGAUAGAGAUCGAUGAUGCAGAAUCCGAAAAUCUCGCAUCACCGAGAACACGCAACAACCGUGGAGAAUUUAUUUUUCACGAGCAAAUAAUUUACUUGUCUAUUGUACAUGCAGAUUAAACGGUCACGGAAGGAAAGUGUUGCUUCCACGAUGAUGUAAAAAAGUCUGAUUGAAAAAUUUGUACGUUUGCAUCGUUCUUAACACGUUUCUUCCUGAUGCCGUUUCCAACUGUCGAAAAUAUCUUCUGUAUAAAUGUCGUUCUUUUCGUAAUUAUGAUAGAAGAAAGUAAUACAUUACUUAGAUAUAUCGUAUGUGAAGAUGCCAUACUUAGGUACACUACCGAUAAGCGAGCGCACCAAAAUCGGCGAUAUGAUGUCGAGGCAACUCUACAGAGAGUUUUUGUUUCUAUUCCAUAUGUUUGUGGUACCUUUCCUGUAUAAUUGAAAUCCAUUAUCAUAAUGGCUAGUAUCCAUUUGAGAGAAAUACCGUUUAGAAUUGCUCUGGAGAAUCAUACCACAAAUGAAUAUACUAUUGGAGAAUACUGCAGAAAGUCUUUUAUACUUUUUAUUUUCUUAAUUAUUUUAAUACUGAAAAUUACUCUCAAAUGAACACUAAGCCAGCGGUAAUUGUUUACUCCUUUUUAGCGAGUAGAUGACUCGAGUACGCGAUUCCGCCGGUGUAAUUGGCAUUUUCCUAUCUUACGUAAUAGCCACCUGUACGUAUGGGAUGACACUUCGAGGUCAGCGAAAAAAUUCUCUCACACGCGUGGAGCUUUCCCUUUCUCAUGAAAGAAUUAUCUUGUCGGAAAUCUGUAGGCUAUAUAAGAUUACAUAUACAGAGAUACAGUGCAUCAAACAAGUUUUAAUUAAACUAGUUUUGUUGAUUAAGAUAAUUAAGUUUAUAUAAUAUGUUACGCAAUUUUUAAUUUACUUAAAUUUAAUAUAUUUAAUUCAAAAUUAGAAUUUGAAAUUAAUUCGAUAAUUUUUGCAAAUUAAGUUUGCAUGAGAUUAUUUAGAGUGCAGCAAAUAUAUUUUAAAAUAUGGCAUAAAAUAUACGGAAUAUUUUUAUGUUUAUGAAUAUAACAAUAUGUUUAUAUGAAAAUAUGUAAAUGUAUAAUAAUGUAAUAAUGAAUAGAGGCCUAACAGAUGUCUCUAAAAAAAAUAACAGAACAUAUUUCAGAAUGCACAGAAUCAAUAUGACAGAAAACCGGUGUAAUUGUGUAUUCGUAGGGUAAAAAGCAGAAGUCCAGGAAAAAUUAUUUCUGUAUUAUAUCUCUCAUGGUUAAUUUUACUUUGUACAUGAUGCGCAGGAACAUAUAAAUGCGUACAUUUGACGAGCGCAAGGCACCAAAAAAUUUUUUACAAGCGUAUCUCUUUCUUUCCUUCUUUAUUAUUCCGAUGCACAUUGCUGCAAGUUGCAUUGGUGCACUUUCGCGAGAAUGAGUGUACCGUGACAUGAGACUUGCACGAACAUGACGCCUUGAUCGGGCAUGACGCGUUCAUGGCAAGGCGUGAAAUGGUGCUGUUACUUUCUUGCGAACAUAAGAAGCUUGUAUAUUUUUGCGCCUCUUGUUUGUAAGAUAAUCAUUUACAAAUAAAUCACGAGAAAACGAAA